UUCUCAAUUUUCUGGAAUUUUGUGUGGAGAUGUUUCUGUGGCCAUCGUUCACUGAGGACCGAGAUAUUUAAAAGAAACCGCUUUUAGUCUUUGCAGUCACCAAUCCUCAACUCUGAAAUGGCGGUCAUCCCUUCCUUCGCUUCCACCGUUCCCCACGUCAAGUCACAGCAUCAGUGCAUCCUUCUCCGGCAAAACUAUGGCCGCAACGUAUACACAAUUAGAUGCAACGGAGAAAACUCCAAGAGCAAUUUACCCACCGCCACACAAGAAUCUGCACCCGAAAAUGUUCUUCUCAAGGCAGCCUGGUAUGGUUCCGAGCUUUUGGGUAUUGCUGCUUCUUAUCUCCGGUCACCCUCAAAGGUUGAAGAAGCUGCCCAGAAAGACCUUAAGCUUGGCUUAGAUGGGUCAGGAGCUAUUGAUCGUACUGCAGUCGUUCAAACCAUCAAAGAUGACUUUGAAAGAUCAUAUUUUGUCACUGGGCAACUUACACUUGAUGCAUACGAAGAGGAUUGUGAGUUCGCUGAUCCAGCUGGUUCCUUCAAAGGGCUUCGGCGUUUCAAAAGGAACUGCACCAACUUCGGAUCUCUCAUUGAGAAGUCAAAUAUGAAACUUAUGAACUGGGAGGACUUCGAGAACAAAGGAGUGGGACACUGGCGAUUUAGUUGUGUAAUGUCAUUUCCUUGGAGGCCUAUUCUUUCUGCUACUGGAUAUACAGAGUAUUUUUUUGAUGCACGCUCUGGAAAAGUAUGCAGGCACGUGGAGUACUGGAAUGUUCCCAAAAUGGCACUGUUGAAGCAGCUUCUGAAGCCUACUCGAGGAUUCUGGCUUAAGAGAAAAAACAGCUGAACCCUAUGUUUAAGAAAACCUCUUAGCUUAUCUUCCUCCUGCUCAACAUGAUGAGCCUCACUCAGACAUAGUAAUGUACUUUAUAUCUCUCCUUAACAAUCCAAACGCUAGGUUGUUGCCAUAAUUGUGCAAGCUUGCAUCUUUUCUACAUAUAAGGAGAAGGUAGCUAGGAUGUUAGCUAGUAUUAUUAUAUGCUUAAAAAGCAUGUGUACUGUAGCUGAUGUGAUCAUGCAAGUUACCCAUGACAUAGAAAACUGGAUAAUUUCCCAUGAGCAGCAGGGAUGGAGCCAUGAAUGCACCAAUCUUUGUUGGGAAAGGAUCAAAGGUGAAGGAUUCCUGAUGGAUGAUGUCUCAACCUUCCGCUACGGCAAGGCUGAGGUUAAACCAUAAUGAAGAAACAGAUCCUUCUCUUGGAACUUGUAACUGAAUUUCUUCCAAUACCCGUGCAUUCAUAUAUGUAUAUGUACAUAUACAAUUGAUACAAUAUAUUUUUCCGUACGGGGAAGCUGACGUAUA